AUGGUAGACGGAUACGCCGAGAACGAGCCGGUCUACUUCCCGCCCACCUUCCCGCUCACUGCGACGCUUGCGAACCGCCCUAUCCUCGACGCCGCGCGCAACUCGCUCUUCCACUCGCUCCCCAUCGGCCACCACCUCACCGCCGCGCGUGACAAGGAGCUCGAGAUCCGGCUGAAGGGAAACGGGCUCGUCUUCCGGGCGCGCCUGCCCGACAACCACGUCACGACGAUCCUCGUCACGCUCCCCAUCAAGUUCGGCGACGGGUCACUGCUCGUGGGCGGCGUGGAGGGGCGCGAGGAGAAGCUUUACGGGCGCGGACCUCGAGUGGACCGCACUCAUCGCUGGCUACGCAAGAUCGCAUUUUACGACACUGCCGACUAUUGCAUUAACCCGGGAGAGGUCGUCGCGGACAAGUCGCGGAGUCGUUGGUGCCCAGCCUCUGAAGAUUUGCAAGCUCAUGCCGGAGCUGCGCUGGACCGCGGGCGGCCGCGGGGCGGAUAUAUCUGGCCUGUGGACCAGACGGUGGAGAUGACGCACGAGAAUGCGGAGCUGGCACCCGCCACCGAGUCCGCCUCUACGCCCACCUCCAUGUCGACCACCGCUUCCCGGUCCGCCCCCGACCCGUCCUCGCUCCACCGAUGUUACAUCUGCCGCUGCCGCUGCCGCCGCUCGCGCCUGUCCUCGUCGUCCGCGCGCGACUCGCUCGAGCCGCCCCGGACGAAACUACGAGCCCUCCUCGCGCCAGGCCUCUGUGCUUGA